UAAGUGAAAGGGGGUGUGUUCACUGCUUCUUUAUAAAAGAGGUGAGCAGACUUUUGCAGACUACAGUAUCUGUAAUCUCUGUUCAUUCCCUCCACUGAGAGACUGAGAGAGACAUCACCUUCAGACAUGCGAUUCAAUGUCCUGUUUUUCCUCCUGCUUCUCGGGGUCCUCUACCUCAGCCUGGCACAAGGCUUGUAUGAGGACUGUUGCCUAAACUAUUCAAAGGAGAUUAAACCGUCCGUCAAGAAAAGAGUGUGUGGUUACAGAAGACAGGAGCAGGAUGGAGGAUGCAAUCUUCCUGCGAUAGUGUUCAAGCUGAAGGGAGGUCGGCAGUUCUGCACCAGACCAGGGGACAAAUGGGUGCAGGAACUCAUGAAUCAGACUGACAAAAUACAGCAGAAGUACAAAAAACUAAAGAAAAUAUGCGGGAAACACUAGCAGUGAGGACCUAAGUGCUCUAAGGAGACUUCUUUGUCCAGUUUUUGAUCCAAGCAUUGUGGUUCCACCAACUAUCUUAGAUAAGCUUUGUUGUGCUUCUACUCAGCAUCCAUUUCAGCCAGGACACAAUUGUUUUGUCAGAACUUCCUGUAUGUUGCUGCUAUCACCUUCUUAUUCCUUAAUUUUUUUCCCCCAUUGCCUAUGGCUCAGUGCACAGGUCCAGCCAUGCAUGUGCAAGCAAGAAGGAUUUACAGCCUAGUUACUGAUAAAAAAAAAAAGUAUCUAUAAAUGCUUUUAUGGCUAAAGCUUUCACAACGGUUAUGAUGAUGUGGGUGGUACACUUUAGGUGUCUAUUCAAAUAUUGCCAUUUCCUUGUGUCUCUUAAAAGUAACCUGUUCGAAUGUGUGUAUUGAGUGUUGUGCGGCGUGUAAAUAGUGUAUCAGUGUACUUCUAUUUGUUUCAUACGAUUUAAUUACUUUGUCUAUAUAUGAUUAGCUAUGUAAUAUUUUACAAUGUGUUUCAUUUUCAGAGAUUAUCUAUAAGAACUAGUUACUUCAAGAUAAUAAAGAGCUUCAUUCAUUACUUUGUACGGUUCAGAGUUUAUGAAAGCAAUAUGAUUUAUCACCUGUAUUACUUUUGAUACUUUCACUCUUAACUUUUUUUUUUUAUUGCAACAAUAAUGCUGUAAAUGUUUGAUUAUUGCUGAGUCACCUUGAAUUUGCUAGAAAAGAAUCGUAUUCAUAUUUUCUUAUUACUACUCAAUAAUUGGGAUCAUAUUACUAUCAGCGUGUGACUACAUUUUGCUUGCAAUUGUUAUGGGUGGUUAAAGAAAUACAUCUUAGACAUGUUAGUUUUUUAGCCUCCUUUUUCUGCAGCAUUCCUGAAAGAGGCUAAGAGGUAAUGAUUCGUGUAUUUGUGUAUGAAAUAUAUUGAAUUGUGGUAUUUUGUAUUAUGUGAUUUAAACAUGACAUUUAAAGUGAUUAAAUAAACAGUUUAAAUGUA